CAAUGAGGCGCGGGUAUGUUGGCCAGGCGGCGGAAGAGGAGAGGCGCUCUUCUCAGCGGCGGCCCGGUGCGAGUGGGGGGCGCGGCGGGGAGAGGCGUCCCUAGCGCCCGCCCCGCCGGCAUGGGGGGCAGCGAGAGCAGCCACGGCGGCAGGAAGGUCUCCUUCGGGCUGGAUGAGCGGGAGCAAGUCCGGGUGCUGCAGGGCAUCAGGCUCUCUGAAGAUGUAGUGAACCGAAUGAAAGAAUCUCCUCAAAGUAAAAGGGACAACCAGAGAUCAUCCUGUUCAUGCAAUGGCACAGCUCCACCUUCACCAGCUGCAGAAGGGAAACCGAAAUCUCCUACAGGAAUCCAGUCACCAAUGGCAAGUGACUCUGGUCAGAAGUCUUCUGCUGCAGAGCAGGAACUGUACAGGAGGUAUGAGCGAGAACAGGCACUGGUCCAAGAGGAGUUGCUCCGGCUGGCCAAAAGAGAAAGGGAAGCAGCCAGUGAGGCCUUGAAUACUGCCCUUCAGCGGGAAAGGAACAACACUAAUGAAGAGAGGCAAAGAGCGGCCCAGCUGCCUGCGGAUUUGGACGCCUGGGCUGUGGAGCUGCAAGGCAGGGAGGCAGAGCUGAAGCGGCAAGAGGCCUUCUAUAAAGAGCAGUUGGCUCGCAUUGAGAAGAAGAAUGCAGAGAUCUACAAGCUGACAUCUGAGCAGUACCAGGAGGCAGCCACCAAGGCAGAGGAGUGGAUAAAGAGGAGGAACACUGAUCCUGUCUGUGCAAGCCUGCAGUCUGAAAUUCUGAAGUGCUACCAAGAAAACAAACGUGAAGUGCUCAAAUGCUCGGAGCUGGCUAAGGAAUAUCAGCGCUGUGUUAGUGCAGCUCAGAAGGAGCUGUUAGUUAAUUCUGGAUAAACAUCAGCCACCAAAGAGCAGAGGACAGGGACCACAGAUGCCCUUGGAAGCCCCAGCAUCCUUCUGGAUAGACACUGACCAAAACUGGUGCCUUCUGCCCUUCGCGGUCCAAGACAAUGACAUGAUUCCUCUUCUAAUUGCCUGCAUGUAACAGUCUCAGUGGAUGUUCCCAGAGUUGGGAGGAGGGUCCCGGGAGAGGGGGACGCUAUCGUUUCCUUUUUUAUUGUAUUGCAAUGUAAAGAAUCAUGUUGACCCCAGGAGCCUCCAGCACAGCUUGUAGCUUGGAGUCUUGCCCAACACGAGGCUGGUUCACCCUGUGCUAGCUUUGGUUUCACCAAUCCACAUCUGAGUUUCAAGAGCUGUUAUCUUUGUCCGUUUGUUCUGGAGAAAGGGGUCCGAAGUGUUUGGAAGUAACCCUGAUUAGCUUGUUAGGAUUUACUGUUCCUAGCAUGCUCCCAUUGGUUACACCAGCAGGCGCGUUUCUUCCCUUCCAAGGUUCCCUCCUAAACAAUAAAGUGUUUAAUGGUCA